AACUCACGACCCGUUGAUUAACGGACCGGCGCCAACAACUUUACUUCCUCAUGCGAUGGAAGGCGUGAUCCCAGAGAUUUUUCGCCUCAGAAAAUCUCCCGGUGACGGCUAGAAUUGAAUCUAGACCAUUUGGGUUGGUUGUGAGUGGAUCACACCAUACCACAACCAUCCACACCUAUGUCAGCGGUGGGAUUCGAACCCGGGUCAUCAGCGAGGUUGGCGGAGACGUUACCAACUACGCUAAACCCCCGCUCGAGCCCGUGACUCUUCAGCCAUCUUUUCCGGGUCAAAAGACUAGUCUUUCUCGGUCCAGUAUUCAAGGAAACUUAUUCAAGAAAUUUUGGUCUUGUGAUCGCCUUGAGAUGGCUGACAAACAAUGGGUUUGUAUGGCACAAUCUCACCUCGGCUUGUAAUGUUCAGUGAAAUUCCCGGUUUUUCCCUGUUUCAAACGAUUCCAGGUUUUUUCCCGGUUCUCCCGGUUUUCCCGGUUGGGUGGCCACCCUGGAUAUUGAGUAAAACAGUGGACUGUCCUUUUCAGGAUAAAAUACCUUAUUGAAAAGUUAAUAUUUUCUCCUAAAUUAAUUUACACUUUCAAAUAUUGGAAAAGUAAUAAAUUUGACUCCAUGUCUCAGAAUGUACUAAAACAUCGUUUUCUUCAGUAACCAAACCUUGUCAAGCCUUAUAUGACAAGCAACUAUAUUAUUGAAAAUAGUCAAUCCUUGUUGGAACGCAAAUAUCAAAUGAUCUGAUUGGUCGUUAUUUGAUUGCUUUCCCAAACACGGUCGACAGAAUUGUGGACCUAGGAAUUUGAAAUGUUAUAAAAGAGCCUGUUUCACAUUAGUUCUAAACAGUGACUACAACAAUCCUUACUCAGAGGUGGCAGCGGCAGCGAUAGGGGCAGGGCCAGCUGAUGUAGGAGCACUUCAUCUAGUGAAAAGCUCCAUUUGUGUGCAGUAGCGGGCAACAUCAGUAGUAGGUACAUUUACAUUAGCCGGCACCUCCUCUAAUGAAAAGUUGCCGUGUUUGGACAACACACAAACGUUCUGGGAUGCUGGCAUUUAGAAGACAUGGUCCAUCAAAUUUUCAGUGUGAAAACAGCUUUCAACUGUGUUAUCUGAUACUUAUGUAAAAAAAAAGAUGCUUAUGUAAACUGUGUUAUCAGAGAAAUGCUUUAAUUCUCUCUGUCGGGAUAGCACACGGAUGCGAUCAACAUUUAAUCCGAUAUGAAAUUGAUCAACAAUUGUCCUUAUAAAGACAACAAACAAAUCAUUGAAGAUUUAUUAUUUUCUCGUUUUCAGCUAGAUAUAAAGACAUUUAUUUACAUUUUAUUUAAAUAUUAUUUAAUUUUAAUUUUAAUCUGCAUGCAUCUGCAUAGUGUAUUCCUGUUCAGUGAUGAAUGUGCAAAUUGAAAUUCGGUAGCACUUAAACUCCCUUUUGCACAAAACUUUAAGCAUAUUCAAUACAAGUAACGAACAACCUUAUAUAGUUCUACGUCAACCUUACGGUCGUGUCUUUGCAAACAACCCUUGUGACUUUUUUAAAUAUAAUUUUGCGACCAGCGUGUGCUAGUAGUGUAAAAGUGCAAUGAAUAGUUAGUCAUGAAAAAGUACACGAAUAUUCAGUGUUCUUUGAUCGCGAAUCAUUCACCCGACCGCAACGAGCAGCCGUAUGAAGUGCACCCUGGUAAUCGAAGACAGCCAAUAACUCGUUCUCGAAAUAAACGGAUCCUGCAAUCAUACUGGAAAGGCGGAGAGCACAACGCCUGGUUUCAACUCCAAGAACACCACUGAAAAAGGAUUGGUGACUGGAUUAAAAACAUAUCGUCGAUAAAGAAUAUAUAUGCCUAUAUUUAAGAUACUGUAAGUAGUCAUUUAUAUCACCAUUUUCUAUAGAAAAAAUCGAAGAAUAAAGUGUAUUUUAUAAAAAAAUAAAAAUAGGAAAAAAUAUGUUUGUAUUUAGUUUAAAUUUAUUUAUAUAUUUAUUUCGUCAAACAAAUGUAGACUACAGUUAAAAUAAUACAACGUUUUCUUGUUACAUUAUUUCCAGUAGUUAGUCGUUUUUUGAUUUGAUUUCUGCCCAUAAUGAUGUCGGUAUUUUCGCAGUGCUGAUUAUAGUGACGCAUCAUGCGAUUUAUCGGGCCAUUUUUUGAGCAGUUAGUUCUGUGAGAGCUUUCCGAAAAUAUUUUACGAUUUCUUAAUUGACGAAAAAUUUAGUUGCGAUAAUAAAAAUGUAGUUGCGAUAAUAAUUUAGAAGAUUGCACGCGUUGAGAAAUAAUGUUAUUGAUAAAAUGAAGCAUUGAAAGUUCGCAGCGUUCUUUAAAUGCUUGUAUUUUUACAAGCAUGCAGCGUGCUUCAUGUGAUGGUAAGGGAAAUGCUGUCCAAUUUAGCUUACGAAGCGCGUACAAAAGAAAUUGUUUUUGGACAGAUUCAAUGCGUCCUACAUGUGUUACAAUAUAGGGAUUCCAUACAAUGCCACAAUAUUCCAGAAUUGGUCGGACGUAUGUAAUAUAUAAUAGUUUGAUUGUGUAUGGGUCUUGGAAAUUAUGGCCGAAGCGUUUUAUAAAGCUCAGCAUACUAUUUGCUUUGUUGAUUAUUGUGUUAUAAUGUUCUAUGAAUGUAAGUUUGGAGUCUAAAAGUACGCCUAGGUCCCUUACGAUUUUGCAUUUUUCUACUGGUUGGUUUCCUAAGAAAAUGUCUGUUGGUGGUGUUACUGUUUUUCUGCUAAAGGCUAUUGAAUUACAUUUUUUCAUGUUGAGUUGCAAUAGACUUUUGUUGUCAAAAACACGAGAUAUCCGCCUAUUCCAGGUGAUGCUAAACUUUUCGGGAGGUGUUGCAAUAUUCAAACUGGGUGUUGCAAUACUCAGUAAAGCGAUUCCAAACUUAUGACGGGUAAUGUAUAUCUCAUUGAAUAAUGUUGACAUCGAUUUUCUGGCAGCUGUUAUCGAUGUAAAUAAUCUCAACUAGGUAAAAAAAAACAAAUACCUUGAAAAAGCUGUGUGAUAAACCUCGAUCCCAUCUGCGCACUAUGGUCGGAAUCGUGAAAUUCCACGACAAAAAUCUGCACACUCAAUCAGAUAAUAAAAGUUCGGUAAUUAUUAUUACAAUUUCGAUCGGGAGGUUUGAGAAAAUACAGAGUAGUUUGUAAAACUGACAUAACUUUACAUAUUUUCUGUAUUCAGCAAAUAAUUUUACUGAAUACUGCUAUACUUUCUGCUGAACUGCUCGGUAAAUUAAACUUUUACCGAAUAUUUGUAAAAAACUACUGGGCUAACUAUAGAGCUGUCAAUUUUUUUCUAUUCGUUGCUCUCGUUCUGGUUGUCAAGUCACAUUCUCGGUUCAGUUUGAAGUACCUGCGGAAAAAAAAUGGAGGACCUUUUCCAGCAACUUCAGCAAAAAGAUGAUCGCAUAACAUUAAACCAUCACAUUAUUUGUUUCUACUGCCGAGCACCUGUUGCAGGCUACGUAAAUAGUUUACAUCGACAUGUUAAUGAUCACAUCCGGAAGAAUCAUUUCGAUUCCGAAAAAACUAUUUUUGACUGCACAUUUCCACAAUGUGACUGUCGAUAUGGAAAUUUUUAUUCUCUUAAGAGACAUAUUCUUGAGAAGCACCCCACCGAAAGUCAUUCAAUGUCGGCAAUCGAACAUCAGCAUGAACUUCUAGAACUCUUCAAUUUACCCGACAACACUCAAAAACAGCAAAGGAAUACAGUACCGGAGCUGGUAUCUUUGGAAGAUAUUACAAAAGUAAUAAACAUUAGCGUUUGUCGUAUGACAGCAGAUGUCGGAUUACCGCACACGAAGAUCAAAGAUUUCGUAAAUCUUUGCGAAACUAUCGUGCAUCACAUAACGUCUUACUUAAAAGAAAAAAUCCUGGAAUUUUACAAUAAUCGUAGCGUAAAUAUCAACCCAGAAGAUUCAAUAUUUCUACAAAAUUUAUUUUCUUUGGAUCAACUGUUUGAUCAAGUAAAGACAUUUUCCAGUCAAACCAAAUUUUUGAAUAAGUUGGCCGUGUCUAUGCCUGUUGCGCGAGAAUUGCUACUCAAUCGUCGUGAGGACGUGCGACAUGUAAAUUCGGUUCCGAGAAGUGUUCUUGUGAAUGAAACUGCGUCAUACAUUAGUGUUGUAGAUACACUCAAAUUGAUUUUUAGAAACCCUGAAACCAGAAAGCUAUUAGCAGAAUCUUACCUCGAUUCGUCUGAUACGCCAUGCGUUACUGAGUAUAGCUCUUUCAAAACAGGUGAAACGUACAAGCAACAUGAGUUCUUCCGCCGAUUUCCAGAAUCAAUCAGACUGACCAUAUACCAGGAUGACGUCGAGCUUGGUAAUGCAUUCAGCUCCCGUGCAGGUAUAAACAAAGUUUGUAACUUCAGCUUUAAAAUACAAAAUAUCCCGGAGAAAUGGAAUUCUUCCCCACGCACGGUUUUUCCUUUAUUAUACUGUAAUUCAAUUGAUGUUAAGAAGCAUGGAUAUCGAAAAAUACUCGAACCUCUUAUAAGUGAUCUCAAGCGUCUUGAAAAUGGAAUUACUGUAAGUUAUGGAGCGCAAAAAUUCACUUUGCAGGCGAUUGUAACCAUAUUUUGCGGAGAUACCCUGGCCGUGCAUGAUGUAUUUGAAUUACUAGGACCAAGCGCAAACUUUUUUUGUCGAUUAUGCCAAGUUUCGAGAGAAAUCUUUCACAAAAAACCUCUCGUUAAACAUCCAUCCCGUACCAGAGAUUGGUAUGAAAGUAAUCUAUCAGCCGUACAGCACGGAUUAAAAGCUCCGAAAGAUUGUGGAUUGAAGGUAUCUGGUUGCAUACUGAAUGAACUGCAAUUCUUUCAUAUUAGCGAUAAUCAUUGUCUCGACCCUAUGCAUGAUUUAGCCGAGGGCGUAGUUCCAUUGACUGUUCAGCUUGUACUGGCAUAUUAUUACAGCAAUAAAGAAACAAAGCUUAGCGCUAAAUAUAUUAAUGAUCGCAUGAAUAACUUCAUAUACGGUUAUGCUGAUCGUCAUAAUAAGCCAUCAUCCAAUUUUACAGAUGAAAUGUUGUUACGCCCUUCAAAGCAUAAGAUAAAACAAACCGCUUCUCAAACAUUUUUGCUAUUGCGUGCUUUUCCAUUUCUUUUCGGACACAAGCUUGCUAAAAAAUGCCCAUACAUGCAAAUGAUCGGUAAUCUGAUUAAUAUUGUCAGAAUCAUUAUUUCACCUGUGGUAUCAGAACAUCUUCUCUCACAGUUAGAUGAACAUAUAUCGCAAUUUGAAAAUGUGUUCUAUGACAAAUUCGAUCGAAAAAUCAAUAAAUUGCAUCACCUUAAACAUUAUUCAACAUGCAUAAGAAAAAGUGGAGCGAUGAAACAAUACAAUUGCCUUCAGUUCGAACAAACGAACAAAAUGAGCAAAAAUCAAGCAGCGACAUGUCGCAACUUUAAAAACAUCGGCAUUAGCCUUGCAAAAAGACAUUGCUUCAGAAUGGUUCUUAACAUAUUAGAUCACCCUUUCUGUGAUCAGCUAACUUAUAAAUCAGGACAAACUGUCAACCGUUUGAAUUGCAUGAGUGAAUCCUACAUACCCCCACAUUAUGAGUUCGUUUACGUUCCCAAAACAGUUUUAUUGAACGGUAUAGAAUUUCGCCCAAAUCUCAUAGUUGGCCUAAAAAAUCAUGAAAAUAUUCUAUUUCCUGUAUACGGUAUAAUACGCGAGAUCGUAGUACUAUCGGGCAAAACUUUUUUUCUGUUGCGAAUGUGUGACACCACGGACUAUAAUGAAUUCUAUGAAGCUUAUGAACUACAAAUCACAAAGCAAGAAAAAUUUAUCGGCACUGAAGAUUGUUUCACACAUGCAAUCUUCUCAUUUUGGAUCCCGUAUAACUGCAGUCAGAGAUACAUUUCGAGGCGAUGUUAUAACCGAGAUUAUUGAUCUGUUGUACGUAAAUCAUAUUUAUCCAUUUUUUUAACUGUUGAAUAACCAUUCUCAUACCAGGCAACGAAGAAAUUGAAGAUCUGGAAACAUUCCUAGAGUUAAAUGAACGUGACUAUAGUAGAUUACAGUUAACAAC